UUAAAAAAAUUACACGUAACACUUCUCAGCGAAUCUUUCGGUUACUUACUAACGGAACGUGUUUUUCGCCAACGUAUUCAGAGACAAAAUUUUUUUUAUAAUUUCUCUGUUCAUUCUCAUUUUAUCUAACUUCCCUCAGGAAAGAGAAAGCAUUCUUUCUCUUUCGUUCCAAUCAAUAAUUGCCACAUCACCAUGUCGUUUCCACCGGGAAGCCGACGCCGGUUUUCGGCGGCCCUUCCUUUAUUGUUUCUCGUGGCUCUGUCAUUUGCCGUUGCCGCGACCGCCGACGGUGGCUCCCAGGACAAUGGCCCCAAGUUACCGUCCUGUAACAACCCUUUCAAAUUGGUCAAGGUGAAGAUCUGGGUUGAUGGCGUUGAAGGUGAAGAUUUAGCUGGGUUAACUGCGAGCUUUGGAGCAUCAUUGCCCGAGGAGGCUAAUGAAAGUCCCAAAUUGCCUGCUGUUUUCUCAAAUCCCCUAAAUGGCUGUUCGAUUUCUUCUUCAAAGCUAUCUGGCUCUGCGGCCUUGUCCACUCGUGGUGAUUGUGACUUCAUAACUAAGGCAAAAGUUGCUCAGUCAGGAGGUGCUGCAGCCUUGCUGGUGAUAAAUGACAAAGAAGAGUUUUACAAGAUGGUUUGUUCUGAGAAUGAUACUUCUUUAAAUAUUUCGAUACCUGUUGUGAUGAUUCCGAAAUCAGCGGGAGAUGCACUUAGCAAAUCUAUGGAAGACAAACGUGUGGAACUUUUAUUAUAUGCACCAACUCGUCCCGUCGUGGAUUUCUCAGUGAUAUUUUUGUGGGCAAUGUCUGUUGGCACAAUUGUUACUGCUUCACUUUGGCAAGAGUUUGGUACUUCUAAGCACACUGAUGAACGCUAUAAUGAAUUAUCGAAGGAAUCUUCCAACGCUGGAACAGGCAGUGAUGAUGAUAAGGAAAUCCUUGAUAUUAGUGCAAAGGGUGCUGUAGUUUUUGUGAUAACAGCAUCCACUUUUCUGGUGCUACUCUUCUUUUUCAUGUCCUCUUGGUUUGUCUGGUUGCUGAUUGUACUCUUCUGCCUUGGUGGUGUUCAGGGGAUGCAUAAUUGCAUUAUGACGCCGAUAUUAAGAAAAUGCAGAAAUUGUCCACAGAAAACACUGAAUUUUCCUCUCUUUGGGGAGGUUUCUGUUGUCUCACUUGUGGUUGCACUAUUCUGCUUGAUAUUCGCUGUUGUAUGGGCUGUCAAUCGACGAGCAUCAUAUUCAUGGGUGGGCCAAAAUAUUCUUGGUAUCUGUUUGAUGAUAACAGUCUUACAGUUGGCUCGGCUACCUAAUAUCAAGGUUGCUACAGUGCUUCUCUGUUGUGCAUUUGUUUAUGACAUCUUCUGGGUCUUCCUAUCACCCCUUAUAUUCCAUCAGAGUGUGAUGAUUGCAGUUGCUCGAGGUGACAAUAGUGGUGGAGAAUCAAUUCCCAUGCUUUUGAGAGUUCCUAGAACUUUUGAUCCAUGGGGUGGCUAUGAUAUGAUUGGAUUUGGUGACAUUCUCUUUCCUGGUUUGCUUGUUGCAUUUGCUUUCAGAUAUGAUAAAGAAAACAAGAAGCGUCUUGCCAAUGGGUAUUUUCUGUGGUUGAUAAUUGGCUAUGGAUUUGGCCUCUUCUUUACAUACCUAGGGCUAUAUCUAAUGAAUGGGCAUGGUCAACCUGCACUCCUCUAUCUUGUUCCUUGUACACUAGGAGUUGCUGUCAUAUUAGGUUUGGUGAGAGGAGAGCUGAAAGAACUUUGGAAUUGCAGCCCCGAGUCAUCUUCCAUGACAAAUCCCUCUGGAGAAGCUUGAAGUAGGUAAUUUUCUUCAAAAUGUAAAUGCUGAUCAUCAGAAGCUAAUGGCGUAAAGAGAUGGGUUUGGUGUUAUCUGUAAGAGUACAGGGUUCAAGAAGAGGCAAUGAUUCGAGUUUUUGGAGGGCAACAUGCCGUUCAUAUUUACUUUCCCGUCUCUUCUAUUCUAUCAAUCCGGUGAUCACGGCUCAAUUUUUACCACCGCAUUGUUGCUAAUGUCGUAAUAUUUCUGGAAUGUUAUACAGAUCAUGCAUCAUUUUUGUUUGAGCAAAAAAUGUGGGCAGGCAGAUAUAACUUCUAACCUUAAGGUAAUUUGUAUACAUUUUAUUAUUCAUAUAUAAAUGAUGUCAAUUCCAGCUCGGAAUGGCAUGUUGUGCAAAGUUUGUGAAAAGAGAACUAUAAUUUUUAUUUUUUUCGCUCAAUCCCUAGGAUGCUAUGGAAUUGAAGUCU